AUGUCACCACCACCACCCUCACCACCAGGGUCUCCAGCCGAUGAGUCCGGCGAAUCAUCUUUUGAAGACGGAGAUGAGCAGGCUGGUGGUGACGAUACUGUAACUAUAUCAGACAUGGGACCGCGGGCUCAACCUCCAGCUCAACCUCAGGAUAGCCCACCAGAAGCGCGAGAAAGCCAUGACUACAGCACGUCUUCUCCAAGUCCACCUCCGGCGGAUGUGGCCCCUUUUGACUGGGAUUAUUUUGAGUCACGAUAUGAAAAGGCAUUACAAGAAGCCGACGAGGAAGAAAAAGAGAUUCUCAAAGAAGCUGAAGCUCUUGCCAAAUACUUUCGAGUAUGGGCAUCUGCAGCGUCAGCGCACGAUGAUGACCGUGCUGUUAAGAGGCUUCGCACCAGACAGCGAUUUGUGAACUUGGCCGAAGAAAAAAUGGCCCAGAAACAAAAGCACUAUGAAGAAGUCGUGCGCGCAUUCGAGAGUGCCCUCGCCCUGCUCAAGUCCACCUGA